CCGAUAGCGAGCGUGGGCAAAACUAACAACCUAGACCUAGUAAAAUAGCAAUAUGAGUUGCGGCACCAAGACACUGAAGGUGUCCUCCUUCGUUUUGGACUUUCUGUGCUGUGUGUUGGCGGCCCUGACCAUCUCGGCAUGUUCCUAUGCCCUGAUAACUUUUAGCCACAGCAUGGCCAUCCGAGUGCCCUGCAUUUUAGGUAUAGUCCUGGGAGCUCUACUCUUUUUUAGUACGAUCUUUGGUUGUAUUGCCGCUCUGAGAGAGAACAUCCGCAUGACAUGGAUCUAUGCUGUGGUUAUGCUAGCCCUGAUUUUCGGACAGAUCACUGUGAUCUUCGCCCAACCCAUAAACUUUGAACUGCUGGCCAACGAGACGAUAUACGACGCCUGGCAGGGACAGCUUUAUCAUCGAGGCAGUAUGUCUUACUAUGAGAUCAAGUAUCACUGCUGUGGACAGACAGGUCCCACAGACUAUCCGGAUAGUGGUCUUCGAGUUCCGCAGAGCUGCUACUUCAACCAGAACGCGACUGUGGCAACGGAUCUCUAUACCAUUGGCUGUGAUCAAAAUCUGGCGAAAGCCUUCAUCAAGGGAACCCGUUGGGAAAGGAUCAGUGACUGGUCUGUUGUGGGUGUGGAGAUACUCACCGUUAUUAUCGCCGGUCUUCUGGCCAUAACCUUACAGAAUGCGCAGCGUCGUCGUCUUUAUCGAUAGAAUCCGGUCUUUAAAACAUCUGCCAACAGUAUUAAAAGCUGUGCGAAUAUUCAUAGUAAAAGUGUUCCUAAAUCUGUAAAUAGUGAAAAUCGCUUUGGGUUCGUUAAUGCUUUUAGGGUCACCAAAAGAUUACUCCUGUAGAACAAUUUAAUUUCUGUAUUUAAAAAAUUUAAAAAAAAAAACGAAAUUAUUAUCAUUUAAUAUAUGGACACACCCUUCUCAAA